AUGGACUUUAGACGAUUUCUCCCGGAUGUGACAAAUUUUCCUCUCCGCAAGAUCGGCUGUGCUGCGGGGCUGCUCGCUGUCUCUGCAGGUGCGGGUUACUUCGUGUACCGCUACUUUCAGAGACGCAGCACAGCUACCGACCACACUCAGCCAGCUCACGACUCUGUGGAUGUGCUGGGAGAAUCACCUGAUACUCCCUCUGUCCUCCAGGUCGAUGAGCCCAAAGUGCUGAUUUUUACCGGUGACCCUCACAGUGACACUUCAGCUGUCAGUCUGUCAGUGGAAAUCAAGAGAGACCACCUCAGGAUAUUAAGGGGUCCAGAGAGUCAACCCUGUGAAACCACAGAGACGUACCCCUUGCAUCAUGAGGAAUUCUCUUAUGACGACACUGAAGACUCGUCCACUGACAUGCAGGCUGUUGAGGCAAACCUGCAGCUGCAGUCCACUGAACCUCAACAAGACACUUCAACUGUCAGUCUGCCUCCCAGUGCUGGUGAGCUGAACAGAGCCUGGUGUGGUGAUCAGGUUCAGUCUCCAGACUCCAUCAGCUCCCAGUCUGAGGUCGCUGAGCUGUAUGAUGAGCCGCUGCCCACCGCUUCUGGUGAUGACCCUACAGCUUUCGUCCUGAAUGAGUGUAAUUCAGAGGAGAGCAGAGAGGAUGAGGAGCUACAGCCUGAGAGAAAGAGCCUGGAGGACUUCAACUUCCUCAGUGUGCUUGGAAAGGGUACAUACGGGAAGGUGAUUUUGUCCGAGCUCAAAGGCACUGAUGAGGUGUAUGCGCUGAAGUUUAUGAAGAAGGACAUGAUCUGGGAAUAUGAAAACAUCAGCUGCACCUUUAUGGAGAGGCGGAUCUUGGCUCUGGCCAGUGAACACCCCUACCUGACCCACCUCUACUGUAGCUUCCAGACCAGCGACUCACUGUGCUUCGCAAUGGAAUUUGUGAAUGGCGGGGAUCUUGCAUUUCACAUUUCCUGUUCAUGUGGAUUUGAUGAACCCCGCAUCAGAUUUUAUGCUGCUGAGAUCGCCUGUGCCCUCAUGUUCCUCCACCGCAAUGGGAUUAUACACAGAGAUCUCAAACCCGGAAACAUCCUCCUCGAUGCCGAUGGCCACUGCAAGCUGGCUGACUUCGGCUUGUGCGCAGAGGGAAUACUAGACGGCAAGACUGCCAACACUUUUUGUGGCACACCCAACUACAUAGCACCAGAGGUGUUACAGUAUUGGGAAUACGACACAUCGGUGGAUUGGUGGGCCCUAGGUGUGAUCAUGUACGAGAUGAUGACAGGCUACGCUCCGUUUCAUGAUCACAACGAGGAGAUGAUGUUUGAGUCCAUCAUCAAUGCUGAACCGGAAUAUCCAUCAGACCUCAGUAGGAAUGCGGUCAACAUCCUCAAAGCGUUCCUGAGGAAGAAGCCCAUGGAUCGUCUCGGCUGUGUGGUGUCCGAGGGCAAGGAGAAUGCCAUCAAAGCUCACCCUUUCUUCAGUGAGAUCAACUGGUCAUGGCUGGAACAGAGGAAGAUCACUCCUCCGUUUCAACCACAGAUUACAUCAAAGAGGGACGUCAAUAAUUUUGAUGGCAGAUUCACCCGUGAGGAGCCCAAGCUUUCUCAUGGGAAUCUCUCCUUCUUCAUCCAGUCCAUCCAAGAGGAGUUUGAUGGCUUCUCAUUUAUUAACACUAAAUAUUAA